AUGGGUGAUCAUGUUCUCUUCUUCUAUGGAACACUCAUGGCACCCCAGGUGCUUCACAAUGUCAUUCACGGCAGCGCCAACCCUGAACCCUGGCAAAAAGCUAUGAUCAGCAUUCAGCCGGCUAUCUUGCACGAGUAUCGGCGCCACCGAGUACGGGAUGCUGAUUACCCCGCCAUUGUUCCAGUGGAGAAGACAGAUGAGAAUGAAACUGCCUCAGAGAGUGCGUCCGGUUCCAGAACCUCGGUUCUUGGAACCCUCGUCUCGGGGUUGACUGACGGGGAUAUCUUUCGGCUUGACUUGUUCGAGGGCUCGGAGUACGUGAAGACGAAUGUGACUGUGAGGAAACUACAGAUGCCUGAUGGCCAAUCAAGCGAUUUAUGCAAAGACCCACUAACUAUGCUCGAUGCGGUUCGUGCUGGUGCUUCUGAUGAAGGAGAAAAGGUAUCGGCGGUGACUUACGUGUGGGUAUGUGAUCGAGACAGACUUGAAGAAGAAGAGUGGGACUUUGAGACCUUCAUGAAGGAGAAAAUAGCAUGGUGGGCUUCGUUACCGGAGAGUGAAUGGUGA